AGCGGUAUUAGCUGAUUCCCGAGAUAACCCAAGUGCAAUUCGAUUUUUAAACCGCUCACUGCCUGUAUAUGCCAGGUUUUUCGAAAUAAAGCCUGCGGGACACCCCCCGUUUUCCAAGCAGAGACUCUUAACGGGAGCUCAAUCCGAGGAGGCUGAGCUUCGCGUUUCAACCUUCUUUGAACACAACCUCCCCCUCGUGAUAAUCGAUUGCUCAAGGAAUUUCCCUCGUCUGGAGCCCAAUUAGAGCAGUGACACGACAAGCCGGUCGAACCUAUACCACAAAUAAAAUCCUUGACAGACAAGCCCUAUACAGCCCAGUCUCUCCAACCAGAGCUCGUCAGAAUGGAUAGUUCUCAAGACAAAGAUGUGGGCUUGAAAUGCGAGGUCAAGGCCUUUUAUAAUCACUCGCCGGACCCCAAGAGCCGCCACCAGAAAUGGUCCGAGUUUGAAAACCCGAUCGCUGAGGACAAACGCGUUCAGGAGCUUGGUAAAGCUUAUGCCGUAAUCCACCGCUUUUCGAAAAUUGGGAAUCAAGAGAGUGACGAAUAUGGCUGGACAACACAUUCUAUUGAGGCUCAAAGCAUACGCCUUCGCAACCUCCUCGACCAAGUCUUCCUAGACUAUCCCAACUGGUAUCCGGACGGCAGCCCCUAUGCCGUCUCCCCGCCAUUUCAGCCUUACGUUCACCGGUGGGAGCAAAUUCUGGAAACCCUUAAGCAGCAAGAUACGACAACAAAAAUGGAGUUUCAACUUCUCCGGCGUGAGUUAGAACCCCGCCUCAAGCAGCACUUGGACGCCUUGAAGAGGAUCAGGGAGGUCCGGACUAUCAACUUCGACCUGCUAUGGCUCAUCCUCGCCCCGGGUUCCUUGAUGCUCUCCCGCGAACAAGGGAAGAAUUGCAUCUCGAGACUGCGGACGAUUAGGUUGGUGCCUAAGUCCGACGCCUAUCCCGCUUACUGGGAGCUCCAGCUGGACCAAAUCGACUGGAACGGCUCUUACAGCGGCUUCGAGACCAGAGAAAAAGAGAUCCAAGAGUACGGGGACUCGAUUCUCAUAACCAAGUUAGAGGUAUACCCUAUAGAAUUCAACCCGGAUGUAGAGGAGAUUCGGAAGCAGGUGCUUGCCCGAGGCGCAAAGUUUGAAGCGCUCCGAGGGUUUCACGUUGCCACUUGUACCGGGAAGAAGUAUGUCAAGAAAAAUAGUUGGGGUGGAGAGGCGGAGAAGCCGAUUUCUGGACGUGUUAUCAUUGACGCCUAUGCUUACUUUACGUGCCAAGAUUCGCCUCGCAAACCAAAACUGAUCCGAGCAAAAUUUCUGAACAGGCCAUCUGGUCCGCCCGACAUUCCCUCAGAGGACACUGAUGACGAGAGCGACAUUUCGGAUAACCAGAGCAGUGGUGGCGAAGCGUCGGUUGAGAGGAAGGAGGAUCUGAGUCCUCUCAGUGAUUCGGAACGCAUGCUUGCUGUCCCUCGCGUCAGGGGAUUCGAUUUGGCCGCCAAGGAAUGGUGCGAGUUUGACGUCGAUGAUAUCGGCGAAGUCGUUUGGGACGAGACUCCCUAUGAAAACCUUGUUCUGCCGCCCGGAGAGAAGGAGCUCAUCUUGGCAUUCACUGAUCGUCCGCGUAAUGUCAAGUCCAGAUUCGACGACUUCGUCCAGCAUAAAGGCGAGGGAGUAAUCAUUUUGCUCUGCGGCCCGCCAGGCGUCGGCAAGACACUUACCGCCGAAGCAGUGGCAGAUAAAUCGAAAGCCCCCCUGUGUCACACGGGGAGGGAACCCUGCGCUAAUAAUCAGGUCAUAAGGGUCAGGAGGACAGAGUUAGGCAGCAAGGCCGUUACCUUAGCGACCUACUAAGAGAAGUCCUAGAUAAGCUUCGGAAAGCUUCGGUACUAAGGUAUAAAGGUACCUAGGUAUAAGGAUACCUCCGAGAUAUAUUAUAACGAAAAGGGGACGUAGGAACUUAGGAAGAGUAAGGAUUAUAAGAAACCCCUUAUAGAAUUAUUAGUUAAAUUAAACCUAUUCUAAGU